AUGGCAACUCACUUUUGGACAAUAUGCUUUCUUCUUUUUGUCCUCCUUUUCCUUCAGACAGAACAGACAGUCUUUCUAUCGGCCAACAAUGCGAAUCAAGUUAUCUCGAGACAUAAGCGUGGGUCUUUCCUAAUUAUUGAGGAGUUCUUUCAAGGCAACUUGGAAAGAGAGUGCCUAGAAGAGAGAUGCACAUAUGAAGAGGCAAGAGAAGUAUUUGAAGACAGUGAAGACACUAAGAAGUUUUGGGCUGGCUAUUUCAGUGGCAGACAGUGCUCCUCAAACCCAUGCCAGCACAAUGGUGUGUGUCAGGACAGCAUUCGUGGCUACACCUGCACCUGCACGGAUGCCUAUGAAGGGCCGAACUGUAAUUUUGCUAAAAAUGAGUGUCAACACAAAACUAGAGAGGGAUGUCAACACUUCUGCUAUCCAGGAUCUGAGUCCUACCACUGCGCAUGUGCAAAAGGCUAUGAACUUGGGGAAGAUAAAAAAUCAUGCAUUCCAAGAGAUCAGUGUGCAUGUGGCAGACUUGAUGACAUUAAAAUAAAGAGGCUGAAGGAAUUUAAGACUACUUGCCACAGAGGAUUCCCUUGGCAGGUCCUGUUGCUAAAUUCGGAAGGAAAGGGAUUCUGUGGCGGUGUUCUUUUGAAGAGCAACUUUGUGUUGACUACAGCUGAAUGUGCCCUUCUGCACAAUCAUUCUGGUAUCAGGGUUAGGACUGGGAACAACAGGAUGCACGGAGCUGGACAGGUAGUAGGUGUGAAUGAGAAACACAUACAUCUGCGGUACGAUGAAGCUACUGGUGAGAAUAACCUUGCAUUGCUACAACUCGGAGAGCACAUUGAGUGCAACAACUACCACCAUCCUAUAUGUCUUCCUGACAAAGACUUUGCAGAACAUAUUUUGAUUCCACAGUUGGCAGGUACUGUCAGUGGCUGGAAACUGGAAGAAAGCGAGGUAAGAGGCUCACUAGUUGAGUUGCAGGUCUCCUACCUUCCUGAAAGGGAAUGUGAACAAAUACUCAAUACAAGUCUUACGAACAGACAGUAUUGCGGACAUCACCAAGAGCCUGUGGCUGGGCAGCUGGCAGGAGGAAACUUUAUUGCCCAUGACUACAAAGGGACUUGGUUUCUGACAGGUAUUUUUGGAGUGUGGCCAACUAAUGUAAGUAACUGGGAACCAUUUAUUUUCACAAAGACUUCAAGAUAUAUAAUGUGGUUCAAACAAAAAACUGAAUAA